AUGGAUGAUAAUUUAGAAGUAAACGUAUGGGGCUCCCCUGAUAAUACUCCAACAUCUUCUUCAAAUGAUCUACCAAAUAUUCCCUCGUUAUCAUUAUAUGAUGAACAAAUAAAUCAAAGUACCCCUUCAGAUAUAAAAGAAUUAUUAAUUCCUCAAGAAAGCCUUCUCACCGAUGAUGAUUCAUUUACUCCUCAUACCAAUGAAUCAUUAUUCCCAGGUGUACAAAAUUCAAUACUCGAUGAUCAUUAUAUUAAUUCAAUACCAUUACAUAAAUCUUCAAAUGAUUUGAAAUCAGAUACAACAAAACAUUUAUUAUUCAAUUCCACCAAGUUAACAAAUAAAAAGAAAAGAAUUAAUAAUUUAAAUUCAGAACAAAUUAUAGACCCAUUAACUAAUAAUUUAUUGCAAAAAACUACAACAUCACAAGAAGAUAUAACAUCACAAGAAAAUACCACAUCACCUGAAAACGCCACAACAAAUGAAAAUAUCAUAUCCGAAAAUUCAAUUGAAAAUCAAGCUUACAAUACCACUACUACUACAAAUGUUGAAUUUCCUUUAAUUAAUUUCACCAUAGAAAUUAAAAAUCCAAUAAAAGUUAAUGGAUUUGUAAAUUCGCAUGUAGAAUAUAUAAUAUCUUCCACUUCGAAUUUAUCUCAUUAUGAAGUUCGUAGAAGAUAUACUGAUUUUAGAUGGUUAUAUAGACAAUUACAAAAUAAUCAUUGGGGUAUUAUUAUUCCUCCUCCUCCAAAUAAACAAGCUGUUGGCAGAUAUAGAAAGUCAUUUAUUGAAAAUAGAAUGAUUCAAUUACAAAAAAUGUUGGAUGAUAUCGCUUCAAAUCCAGUAUUAAAUCAAGAUCAAGAUUUUCUAUUAUUUCUAAUGAGUGACAAUUUUGCCAAAGAAUCUAUAAAGAGACAGAAUUUCACCGGCUCCAAAUCCUAUCAUGAUGACAAUGAUUUAUCAAAUAUUCAUAUUAGUAUCAUACAAUUAUUAGGCCAUGAUGAUGCUAUUCAAGUAUUACAAAAUGGUGGUAUUGAUGAUGGUAAUAAUACUUUUAUGGGUGUUUCAUUUUCUUUACAUCCAAAGUAUAUUGAACCAGAUCAUUUCUUUACAAAACAAAUGGAAAGAAUCGCCAUCUUAGAAGAUCAGUUUGAAAAAUUAUCAAGAGCUUUAAAACUUAUAAAUUCAAAUCAAUUGGAAUUUGUAACUUAUUUGGAAGAUUUUGCCGUUUCAAUUAAUGAUUUAGCUUCUGUAAUAUCGUUUCAAGAUUCUCAAAGAAUGUUGGAAGAUUUUGCACAACUACAUUUGGAUUAUAAAAAUCAACUCAUUAAUAAUCCAAAUACAAUUCAUUUAUAUUUUGAAAACUUAAUUGAUGAUUAUUCACGAUAUUUUGCAAGUACAAGGGCUAUUUUAAAUCAAAGAGAAAAAAUUGGCGAUUUUUUAACUACAGCUGAAUAUGCCGUGAAAGAAAAUAAUGAAGAUUUAGCUCGUUUGAAUAGCAGCUCUGCUUCACAAGCAGUUAACCAAGAAAGAAUAUCUUUUUUAUCAAAUCAAAGUAAAAUUUUAAUGAAGAGGUCAGAAAAUAUAAGACAAAAAUGGUAUCAAGUUGGCAAAAUUAUAAAACAACAGAUUCAUGAGCUAGAUACAAAGAGAAUUUCUGACGUUAAACAUGGUGUCGAAAACUGA